GUGUUUCUUUUGCAAUUCUGGAGUUAGGAGUGACCAGAGAUGGAAAGGGUCGAAAAACUUUUGUUUGGCAAUUAAUUAUUCAUUUGUUUAAAAUUGUAUAGACCAAUGUGCGGGCGCACUUGCCUAACCCUAGAUCCCGAUCAGGUGAUUUGUGCCUGUAAAUAUCCAAAGAAAACUAUCAAAAAGGAGCCUGACUCCCAAGGCAAGGACAAACUAAAGGAUGGGGAAGGAGCAGUCAUGGAGACACCCGAGUGGCGGCCGGAAUUCAAUCUCGGAAGACGCUACCAGCCCUCCUAUAAUAUUGCACCCACCGAUAUAACGCCGGUUAUCGUGUCCGCAGCUCAUUUCUCGGAUGCCGAGGAUCAGAAGUGCUCCCGAGUGGUUAUGCCUAUGAUGUGGGGCAUGAUCCCCUUUUGGCACAAGGGCGACUACCGGCGACAUGGCCUGACCACCAACAACUGCCGGCUGGAGCACCUGAUGGACUCCAAGCUUUAUCGUGGUCCCUUCAAGCGCGGACAGCGCUGUGUGGUCAUCUGCGAGGGAUUCUACGAGUGGCAGACGACCGGUCCUACGAAAAAGCCGUCCGAGCGAGAAGCUUACCUAGUGUUCGUACCCCAGAAGGGCGACGCGAAGAUCUACGAAAAGCCCCAGGACGUGAACUUGCUGCGCAUGGCCGGACUCUUCGACGUGUGGGAGGACGAAAGCGGCGACAAGAUGUACAGCUACAGUAUUAUCACCUUCCAAUCUAGUAAAAUCAUGUCCUGGAUGCACUAUCGCAUGCCCGCGAUCCUCGAAACUGAUGAGCAGAUGAAUAACUGGCUGGAUUUUAAGCGAGUGAGCGACGCGGAAGCCUUAGCCACUUUGCGUCCUGCUACUGAGCUCAAGUGGUACCGUGUGGCCAAGCUGGUGAACAAUUCGCGGAACAAGAGCGAGGAGUGCAACAAGCCCAUCGAAUUGGCUGCCAAACCAGAAAAGCCGGCGAUGAACAAAACGAUGAUGGCCUGGCUAAAUGUGCCUAAAAAACGGGUCGAUCAAGCCAAGGCGGAGCCAAAUGACCCCAGCGAUGAUGAGAAGCAGGAAAGAGAGGUACAAGGCAAACGCAGGACCUCCCCAGAUGGGGGCACCAUCGACAGUCCAGCAAAGAGGCCCAGAUUCAGGCAUUGCAAUGGGGCAGUAGAAGUGAAAUCAACCGAAACAUAGACAUCGCAGAUCAUUAAACUUCCUUAGUUGUAGUACAUUAAGUUUAUUCUCAUUAAAAACCGAAAUACUCUUUUUCAAUA